AUGGCAACCACCACAGCCUCCGGCACCCUUUCUCCGCCACAAGCCCUCGUCGCUCCACUGCCGUCUCCUCCACCACCACUGCGCAAUGAUGAACCGCCCGGCGAUGGCCAGUUCCCUCCACCGCCGUCUCCUCCACCACCACCUCCACCACCGGAUUCGCAGUUCGACAUCUCCGCCGCCGCCCUGGAAGAGCGGCGGAGGCGCGGGGCGGAGAUUUGGCGUGAAGGGCGGCGGCAGCGACAGGAGGCAAUCGAGCAGCGGGCCCGUCAGCAGCGUGAGGCGGCGGCAGCAGCAGUGGGAGACCCCGCAGCUGACGAGAACGCGGUGUGGGAGGAGGAGGUGUUGGCGAACACCAUUGCGGCGUUCGACGCCGUCACGGCAGAAGAGGCGCGGCGGCGCCUGACAGAGGAGAUUGGCCAGCGGUGGGCUGAUGAACGCCAACGCCAACGCGAGGAGCGGGAGGCGCACUACCGUGAACGGCGGGAGGCGAUGGAGCGCCGGUGGCGGGAGGCGAUGGAGCGCGAACAGCAGCAUCAGGGAAGAGGCACAGAUUCGCCGCACCGUCGAGCUGUCCCUCCAGGCGGCGCAGCAGGGGAGGGCAGGCGACGACGCGCUGCUAGAGCAGCGGCGUUUGGCCACCGCCCUACGCAUGGAGAGACGGCGCGCGCAACAGGAGCUGCGACGGAGGGGAGGCGACGUCGGGGCAUGACCGUCGAACGCACCGUCGGGCGGUCAAUAGGCUAA